CUGAAGGGGUAGCUAUGGAGAUGGAGCGUUUUCCUGGCUGCUUUCUUUGACAGGUGUUGAGUGGGGCAAAAGUCUUAAAACAGAACCCAGCAUGUACGCCAAAGGUAAAGGAGCCGUGGUCCCUUCCGACAGCCAAGCGAGAGAAAAGUUAGCUUUAUACGUGUAUGAGUAUUUGCUGCAUGUCGGCGCACAGAAAUCAGCACAGACCUUCCUGUCAGAGAUACGAUGGGAGAAGAACAUCACACUCGGGGAACCUCCGGGAUUUCUACACUCGUGGUGGUGCGUAUUCUGGGAUCUCUACUGCGCCGCCCCGGACCGGAGAGAGACAUGCGAACAUUCCAGCGAGGCCAAGGCUUUCCACGAUUAUAGUGCGGCUGCCGCCCCAAGUCCAGUGAUGGGCAACAUGCCACCUAAUGACGGCAUGCCGGGAGGACCCAUGCCCCCGGGAUUCUUUCAAGGUCCUCCAGGAUCGCAGCCCUCCCCCCACACGCAGCCACCCCCACACAACCCCAGCAAUCCCAUGAUGGGACCUCACGGACAGCCAUUUAUGUCGCCGCGGUACCCAGGUGGGCCAAGACCCGCACUUCGUAUGCCAAAUCAGCCGCCAGGUAGCAUCCCUGGGUCACAGCCCCUCUUGCCAAACAGCCUGGACCCCACCAGACCUCAAGGACAUCCAAACAUGGGAGGUCCAAUGAGAAUGAACCCACCUCGAGGAAUGGGAGGCAUGGGCCCACAGAAUUACGGGGGAGGGAUGAGGCCGCCUCCAAACUCCAUGGGUCCAGGGAUGCCCGGCAUGAACAUGGGUCCCGGUGGAAGAGGUCCAUGGCCUAAUCCCAACAACAACUCAAUAGCGUACUCGUCUUCAUCUCCAGGCAACUAUGUGGGCCCCCCAGGGGGAGGAGGCCCGCCAGGAACUCCCAUCAUGCCGAGCCCCGGAGAUUCAACAAACUCCAGUGAAAACAUCUACACAAUGAUGAACCCCAUCGGCCCUGGUGGAAACAGACCUAAUUUCCCGAUGGGACCAGGUCCUGACGGGCCUAUGGGCGGGAUGGGUGCGAUGGAGCAGCAUCAUAUGAACGGCUCGCUAGGCUCUGGUGACAUGGAUGGGUUGCCAAAGAAUUCUCCCAACAACAUGGCAGGCAUGAACAAUCCCCCUGGCACUCCACGGGAUGACGGCGAGAUGGCAGGCAACUUUUUAAACCCAUUCCAAAGUGAAAGUUAUUCACCCAACAUGACGAUGAGUGUGUGAUUUUAUUUUAUUUUAUCUUUUAUUUUACUUUUUUCCAUCUCCCUCUGUCCCACCCUCCCUCUCUCCCUCCCCGGUGUGUCUUGCAUUGCCAUUACAUCCUGUCCUCAUCCUCUCUGGACCGAUGUGUGUGGGUGUGAUGGCGCCCACCCAGCCCCUAGGGAUGCCCAUGGACAGCAGGACUCCCCUCAAGGGCCCUCACCCCAACAUGUGUAAAAUGGGUGUAAGAACAUGAGACUUUCUCCCCGUCCCCGCCCUCGUCAUGAGCCUCAAAGCCCAAAUCUCUCUAGGUGAACUCCCCCGGCCCGCCAACCCAUGAUGCACCUCUCCAUGGUCGCUACCUGCUAGCAUGGCGGGGGACCUUUAUCCACACAGACUUUAUCCAAACUUUUUUCUUUCAAUGUUUGUAUUUUUGUUGUAUGGUUUUUUCCUUAAAGGGCAUUUUUUUAACAAUAGUGCCUGUGAAUCAUUUUUGAUUCUCCCCUAAAUCAAUAAUCUGUCCUGUUUUUGUUGUCUCCUUUGAAGCACACUCACAAGGCCUCAUUCAGCAUCAAAUGCGACGACAAUGCGGUCUUUAAAGCAUUAGGAACGCCGUCUUUCUUAAUAAGGCCAUGCUGAAAAGAAACAAGAAUAAAGUCAUCUUUUGCCCUGACAAAAUACAUCUUUACUCACUAUUAUAACUUUUUUCUCUAGAUUUCUUGUCAUAUUAUGACUUCAUUCUUACAAUAUUUUUAUUGUAAUAUUAUCAAUUUAUUCUAUCAACUUAGACAUUUUUUGGGGCCUUUUUUGUGCACUUUCUUUUUGCAAGAAUACACAUAUUUUCCUCAUAUUAUUGCGAGUUUGUUUUCAUAAAAUUCCGGCUGUUUUCUUGCAGGAUUAAGACUUUUGUUUUGUAAUCUGACAACUAUAUUACAUUAAAACUUUUUUUUCUAGCACUAAAUUUUUGUCGUUAUGUUACGACUUUCUUUUUGCAAAAUACGACUUUUUCCUCAUAAUAUUGCGAUUUUGUUUUUAUAACAUUUUGGCUGUUUUCUCGCAGGAUUAAGACUUUUGUUUCGUAAUCUGACAACAAAAUUACAUCAAAAAAAAAUGUAUAGCACAACAUUUUUCUCGUUAUGUCACAACUUUCUUUUUGCAAAAUACGACUUUUUCCUCAUAAUAUUGCGAUUUUGUUUUCAUAAAAUGUUGGCUGUUUUCUCGCAGGAUUAAGACUUUUGUUUUGUAAUCUGACAACUAUAUUACAUUAAAAAAAAAAUGUAUAGCACAAAAUUUUUCUCGUUAUGUUACGACUUUCUUUUUGCAAGAAUACAACUUUUUCCUCAUAUUAUUGCGCGUUUGAUUUAAUAAAAUUCCGGCUGUUUUCUUUCAAGAUUAAGACUUUUGUUUUGUAAUCCGACAACUACAUUACAUUAAAAAAAAAAUGUUUGUAGCACUAAAUUUUUCUCGUUAUGUUACGACAUGACUUUUUCCUCAUAAUAUUGCGAUUUUGUUUUCAUAAACAUUUGUUGCAGGAUUAGGACUUUUGUUUUGUAACUGUACAACUUUAUUUGCAAAUUUAUUACAUUAAAACUUUUUCUUGUAAUACUAAAUUCUUCUUGCUUUGUCACGACUCUUAUUUUGCGAGUUCACAGCCUUUUCCUCUUUAUUCUCACAAGAUAAUGACUAUUCCGACCGUACUUGUGCAUUUUUUACUCGUAAUGUUCCAUCUUUUCUGUAAUAUUUAGACUUAAAUUCGAGUAUUUUCCCUGUAAUAUUGCCACUUUCUACUCACAAGUUUACCAUUUGUUGCUUGUAAUAGUACAACUUUGUUUACGUCACGCUAUGAUGUCUAACGUUUUUCUUAUAAUGUUACAAUGUCAUUCUCUGUAACAUUGCUUAUUUGUUCCCUGAAAGACGACAACUUUUUUCUUGCAAGUUUACAAUUUGUAAUACUGUAUCACCAUUUUUUUUUUCUCUGAAAAAACCCAAUAAUUUUUCUUGAUAAUACUUAGCAAAAUAUUACAUCAAAAAGAGACUUUAUUCUCAUAAACUGACUUUUUUGUAAUAUUACCACAUUUUUUCUUGGAAGAAAAUGCACAAUAAGACCUAUUGUAAUUUUAUGAGGGAAAAAAAUACUUUAUUUUCAUGACAUUGUGACUUUUCCAUGGAAUAUUUGGACUUAAAUUUUUCUUGAAAAACAUACACUCUUGUCGUAAUAUGAAGACACAAGACUGCGACUUUAUUCUUGCUUUACUUUACAGGGUGGCCCUGAUUUUUUUUCCCCGCCCAAGCGUACAUAGACUAUUAGACCACUGAUAGGAACUCAGUUGGGGGCAAAGGUCGCACCAUUAUGCUAAUUAUGUAUUGUUUGUAUCUGUUUUUGUUGUCUUUAUGUUCAAUAUAUUCGCCUGUAAGAGGAAUAAUGAAAGCCCAUUGAAACUGCAGACGUUGACAAGCACACUGUCAUGUUUUUAAUGGAUAAAUUAUAUUUUCCAUGAUAUUGCAAUAGUUUCAUAGCUGCCGGGUUAUUAAUAAUGACGUCAAUGUGACUUUUAUUACCAGGAUUUGGCUCUGAGGGUCAAUAUGGGGACACCCACACUCCCUUUCUUCCCUCGAGUUCUAUCCCUCACCCCCAUCAAUCCUUUUUUUUUUUUUUUGUGUAAAUACUGUACAAUGCAUUUUGAUAUCAUGGACAUGUUUUGAUAUGUCAGUCACUACCGAUGAGUACAGCUGAGAGUAAAUUAUUAAUAAUAAUAAUAAAAACUGUCCAUGUUUUCCAUAGAGAAAUUAUGGCUGGCGUGGCUGAAUGUCCACUAAAAAUGUUGUUAUAGGACACAGAGACGACACAAUGUUACUUUACUAUGAAUAAUCAUUCACCUGACCUCAUAUUGCAGUUUUUUGAUAUGAAGGAUUUUUCUUGUUUUAGCAAUUCAAGAUCACUUUUAAAAAGGAUGCCUGUUUGAAAUUAAGAUCUAAAAGUGUAGGGCGUUGGAACUGUCCUUUUGCUAUGGAGUCCUGUAUAGAAUCUCUCUCAGUCCUCUGUGUAUAUGAAUCGUUGGCCAUCUCUGUACUUCUAUUGUGAUGUAUUAUACUGUACCAUUAGGGAGGUUUGCUGGUCAUGUUGAGUGUGGGAGGGUAGGGAAUUAUUAUUAAAAAAAAAAAAGAAGAUUCUCCUGCAGUAUUCAAUAUGAAGCAGUCUGUCUCUUGGGUUUGCUUUGUAUUUCAUGCUAGGAUAGUUUGGAAUCUUGUCUUCUUAGGGACUUAGAUGUCUUGUGUAGCUAAUAAAGAUGUUCUUUGUAUGUUUCUUUAUAUUGUAAAGUUUCUUCAGACUGAAGGGGGGGGAAAAAACUACAUUUGCUUAUCAGAAAAGAAACAAUGCAUCAAUAAUAAAUGUCAUUUGAUUUUU